CCCCGGUUUUUUUUUGCUCUCGGGAUUUUGUAGCCUUGCUCCAAAAGCAAAGAGUUGUAAUGGUCGAUCUGGCAGCCUUGAAUUCCUUCCUGGUACAACUCCUUUCAACAUCGCGCCCCGCGCUCUCGCACUCCGCCUCUCGUCACCCGCAACAAAACUUCCACCCACUGCAGACACGGUUUCCCGCAUAACUCGGUCUCAAGUGGCGGCGGAAACGAACUUCGAAAAACCAACCCGACCACCCUGUGUCUGCCUGGCUGUUUUGGCCGUGGUAGGCGAAUUGAGCAAAAUGGCCACUCCCAGUUUGCUCAGAAGUAACAAGAAAGCCGCCGCCGAAUGCGUCUCGGACGAUGCGCUUAUCCACCUCAAGACGUACAAAUAUUCGGCCGUCGACAAGUCGCCCGUCUCCAAUUACAUUCUUAAGCCCUACUGGAAUGCCUUCGUCGAGUUCCUGCCACUAUGGGUUGCCCCCAACAUGGUGACCCUGAUUGGGUUCUCCUUUAUUGUGGCUAAUGUCGGCCUCUUAUUGAUAUUCAUGCCAGAUCUGGUCGGCCCGGGUCCUUCAUGGCUAUACUUCAGUUUCGCUUUCGGCCUCUUUGCGUACCAGACGAUGGACAAUGUCGACGGCAAACAGGCGAGACGCACCGGAACCUCUAGCGGCCUCGGAGAGCUCUUCGACCAUGGCAUCGACAGUCUCAACUGCACACUCGCUAGCUUGCUCGAAACUGCCGCCAUGGGCCUGGGCACUACCAAGGCCGGUGUCUUCACUGCGCUAUGUCCCUGCCUGCCCAUGUGGUUCUCGACCUGGGAAACAUAUCACACCCACACCCUCUACCUCGGAUACAUCAAUGGACCUACAGAAGGAAUCCUGAUCGCCUGCUUGCUGAUGGCGAUCAGCGGGUGGUAUGGCCCUGAAAUUUGGUCCGAAAGACUAGCCGAUAACCUCCACCUGUUCAGCUUCCUCGGGUUGAACGAAGAGAACCUGGGCGACACCUCCUUUCAGGACAUUUGGGUCUACUUCCUCAUUGGCGCCAUGUUCUUCCACAUUCCGUUUUGCAUCAUCAACGUCGUCAAUGCCCGCCUGUCGCGCAACGAGCCUCUUCUUCCGGUCUUCCUCGAGUGGACCCCUAUCGUCGUUUUCACGCUCAGCGUUGGCACUUGGCUCUAUAGCCCAUACUCGACAUUGAUGGAUGAGAACCACCUGGUCCUUUUCUGUGUUACCAUGAGCUUCGUCUUUGGCCGCAUGACCACAAAGAUGAUUCUCGCUCAUCUCACUAAGCAGCCCUUCCCUUACUGGACCGUCAUGCUCUGGCCUUUGAUCGGAGGCGCCCUGAUUGGAAACCUCCCUCGUUUCGGGCUUCCUGCUGUCACGGCGCAAUUCGAGCACCUUUACCUGUGGGCUUACCUGGUGUUUGCCUUCGUCGUCUACUCUCGUUGGGCCUGGUUGGUCACCACGAGCAUUUGCGACUUCCUUGGCAUCAACUGCCUCACCAUCCCCCUCGAGAAGCAGAUGGCCAACAAACAGAUCGCCAGGGAGAUCGCGGCGCAGGCUGCUGCCGCUGUUCCCGUGGGUCCAGCAAAGAAGGAUUAAGUAUAGCGCGUAAGCACAAAAGCAACGCAAAGACCCGAAAAUUCUUUUCUUGCACCUAUUUGAAUCUGGCUUGGAUAGAAGCUUAGAGAUACUAGAAUCGAAUUACACCAUAGAGCGGCCGAAAAGGCUAGACUAGCGUGUGCAGCGUCACCUUUCGCAUAUAGAGCUCGGAAUGCAUCGGUAUCACGACAUAUAUAUCAGAUACCCUCAAGGUUAUGGGUUUAAUGUAGGAAAGGUCAAGAAAAACGAAAACAGGAGCCAGUGCGUGGAAACAUUGGGAUUAAGGGCAACGCAUUUUGGAAAAGCAGUGGACAGGACAGUUUUCUUUGAUUGAGUUUGUCAGUGUGGAUGUACCAAAUAAUCGGGAUAGAUUCAUGAAGGAUGAGGGAUGAGUACUAUGAUAGAGUCGAGAUGGCUCUUUAAUGAAGUUGGUCAAUACAUGAAAGAAGGGCUUCCACUAAAUGUACAAUGGCUGGCAGAACCUAUCAGGCUGUGGGCUAAUAGUCAAAACAACCACACUCCCUUGGGCG